AUGUACGGACUAUCGGUUCUUGCUUUUGCUGUUCUCGCAGUGGCGGCACCGGCACCGCAGCGUAAUAGAGGUGGCAAUAGGAAUGGCGGAGGAAACGGCGGAGGCCAACAGAGGGCUACGGCUCAGCAACAGGCAGCUCAAGUGCCCGGCGGUAUAUCUCAGGCUCAGGAUGGAUCUACCAUUGUCGACGACACAGUGAAUAUCAAUGGCCUCCCCAUCCGCUUCAAGGUCUCUGCUCCAGCAGACCAGUUCAUGGCCAACACCAACAUUCCAGGAGCCGCUGCGACGGCCGCCUCCAACGGCACCAUGGGCGUCAAUGUGCUCCUCCACGGAGACGGAGGCCAAUCUUUCUUCGACUUCCCCAACCAGAACGUGCAAGCCAACACCAUGGGCGUCGUGCUCCUCGCCCCGGACCCGAACCUCUUCUGGGGCGGCGGCCAGGGCCUCGAGCGAACAGACGGCGUCGAGCACGCCCAAGCCGUCUCCGACUUCGUGACCCAAGCCCUCCCGCAGAUGGUAGCUUUCGACCCUAACGCGGUCGUCUUCUCCGGCGUGUCCGGCGGCUCGCUCCUCAUGAGCGGCUUCUUCAUCCCGUCCCAGAUGGCCAACUUCCCCAACUCGGCCGUCGAGCUCAACUGCGGUGCGCUGCCCCCGCAGGUCGACUUCGUCAACGGCGCGCAGGUCCUCUCCCAGACCAAGAUCCACUACCAGUCGACGCAGAACGAGCUCGCGUCCCUGCAGCAGAGCAUCCCGCAGGCCGUCGCGGCGUACGAGAGCGCCGCCGCGCAGGCCGGCCUCUCCACCAAUGAGAUCAACCAGCUGCAGACCGUCGACAACACGCCCCAGGGCGGCCACUGCGAGUUCGACGGCAGGGAUUUCGUCGACGGCGUCCAGGUCAUGCUGUCCAGCUAUGCGAGCGUCAUGCAGGGCGGGGACGGAACGGUGCAAGGGAUUGGUGCGCCGAGUAAUGGGCAGGUCAGGAAUGGUGUUGUAGGGAACGAGAACUUGCGGUUCGGUGCUGCGCCGCGGAGGAGGGCUCUCGAUGGCGAGAGGAUGACGGUCAUGAGGUGGGCUGCGGAGGUGGCAGGGAACUGA